AAUGGUCCCUUUUGCAUCCUCCACAAAAAUAUUGAUGCUCAAUCUAUUCUGCCCUUUUUAAUAAAUAGCUAUUGCUUCACUUUAAUUUGUGUUAUUUUAGUUUAAUAUAGCUGUUUCUAACUUCAAUUUAAUCAUGGUUCACGGUGUAAUGAAGGUGAUCAAAUUCCUAUUUGGAUUUGUUAAUCUAGUUCUUGUGUGUUUUGCCAUCGGUUUAAUUGGACUGGCAGCCAAUUGGAGAGCUGAAUUCAUUCCUAUAAACCAUUUUGAAAGUCUGGGUAUCACUGAAAGAGCGGCAACUGCAUUAAUUAUUAUUGGCUGUAUCUUAUUUGUCGUCUCUUUUCUUGGAUCUUAUGGAGCUUUUGCUGAAAAUCAGUGUAUGUUACUGACAUUUGCAGUGAUUAUCUUCCUAUUCUUGAUCAUUGAAUUUGUUAUUGCUGCAUUGUUUGUUACAUAUGGACAUUAUGAAACUCAUGUUAACGAUGCUAUUCGAAUACAAAUGGAAAAAUUUGUUAAAGAUUAUAAUAAUGAAGACCCAAAAGACCCGCUCAAUGUACCCAUGGAUGAAAUUCAAAAAUACUUGAAAUGCUGUGGUGUUUAUGGUCCAGAUGACUGGGAAAAAAAUGGAACCAAAUUUUUACCCGAAUCUUGCUGUCAAGAAGAAAUACAAGAUGGAUUGAGAGUUAGUGAUUUAUGCAAAGGAGGAAAAUAUGUUUCUGCUGUAGGCUGUAUGAAUCAAGCGGUAACCACACUCAAAGAUAAUGUGUUCAUUGUUGGUGGAACAGCUCUUUUACUUGCGCUCAUUGAACUAAUAUCCAUUUCAAUCGCUUACUGUCUGUCUUGUGCUAUUCGUGGAUCAAGUGGCAUUGAUUAAAUUAUUUCAUCACGUACCAAACUUCCUUUUUGACUGCCAGUAUUGAAACUUUGAACGAUGAACGAUUCGAAAGUCCUCGUCAUAGAUAUUUGUGUUUGUUUUUCGUAUCAUGUUUAUUCAACACAAUUCUCUCUUUUUCUAUGUUCCUCUUACCAAGCCUUUCCUGCUAUCUUAUUUAUUCUGACUUUAGUUUGCCAAUCUAAGAUUGCCAAAUUGAAACCACCCUUUGUGCUUCAAAAUUAAUCUCAAUUCUUCAAUUACUCAUCUCAAUUAACUCCAUGUUUCAUGCUAAUACUCUUUUUCUUUUAAUAAUGUUCAUAAUGUUCUAGUCUUAAUUUUCAUCUUAUGCAUUUUCAACUUAAAUCAUGUCUUCUCAUUCAUUUUUUAUUUACAAUCUCAAUCUGACUUCUAUUUAUAUUAUUUUCAAUUAAAAAUAUCUUUGACGACCUUUAAAA